CAUGACCGCACUGCCGCCAUUCAAUCCGUUACAAAUUAUUACAAUAACUUAAAUAUUAGUGAACGAAUAAAUGAUAUUUGUGCCAAAGUUCAACCCGAUAUCACGGUCAUUGAAACCGAACUGAAUAAAAAACCCGUUAUUUCCAGCAGUGAAUUAUCAACUGAUUAUCAGUCCGCCCUGAUUAAUUUAGCCACUAACGAUACCCAACGAACUACUCGUAAGCAAGAAAUAAUUGCUGAAAUCAACCAAGUUCGAAGUGCUAAGUUAGACCAAAUUCGGCAAAUAAUUACUAACGCCCAAGAAAUUCUCAACCAAGACGGAGCCACCAAAGAAGAAUUGGAACCAGUUAUUCAAUCAUUAAAAACUCUGGCUGACGCUCCCGCGGAUAGUGCCGAAAAAAUUGUUUGGGAAGAAAACUCAGAUACUAAUCACCAAUUAUUAACUGAUUUAGAAGCCAAGUUAAACCAAAUUACUCCACCCGAGCAAACUCCAAACCACGACCAACCAACUACCCCCAACUACCAGCCAACUAAGGACACCCCGCAACAACCCCAAACCGUCGCGGAAGAAAUCACUCUCGCUACUACCAAAAAUAGUCAAG